AUGUCUACAGCUCAUUUUCAAGCACCACUGGUUAUUGAUAAUAAGGACGGUUGGGGUCCGACAGAUGACACAUUUCAAUACAAAGACAUGCCCUACCAGCCGUAUUCAAAAAGUGAUCAAAUAGGCAAAGUCGCCGAUUGGACAGGCACUGUUUAUGGUGAUAAACGAAAUUACAAUCGAUAUCGAUCACAAUACGGUGCUGGUGUUGGAAUGUAUCAAUAUGUUCAUGAUGAUGAUGAAAAUACAUUUCAAAUUGUUGAUUCGUCGCGUGUACCCAAACCAGCUUUUCAAAAACGUUCCCGUUAUCAACAAAAUCGUUUCAAUUCACAACAAAAUCAAAAUCGUUUUUCGAUAAUGCAAACAGGAUUCACUGGAACGCAGAAGAAAUCGAAAACCAUGAAGAAUUUGGAAAUGGAUCGAAUUCGACAAAUGAGAAAAUGGCAGAAACAAUCCGGUAAUCGAACUGAUCCACGUCAACAUCAAGCAAAACAACGCGAACCAUCUUUACGCAUACGAGAUGAUUGGCAAGUUAUCGAAGAAAUCCAGUUUUCCAGUUUGGCAAAACUAAGCCUGUCAACUGUGGGUGAUCCCGACGAAUUGAGUGUUUGGGGUUCACUUGAGUAUUAUGAUAAGCGAUACGAUCGAAUUACAACAAAGAGCGAGAAGAAACUGGUGAUGAAUAAUCGAACCUUACAUAAAAUUACAACGACAAAAGAUCCUGUUAUUCGACAAAUUUGUCAAACACGAGGAAAUGUUUUUGCUACCGAUGCAAUUAUUUCCACGUUGAUGUGUUGUACAAGAUCCGUUUUUCCAUGGGAUUUAUUUGUUGAUAAAAUAGGCACACGAUUGUUUUUUGACAAACGGGAAGAUUCACCGAUUGAUAUCUUAACCGUUAAUGAAACAGCUAAUGAGCCUCCACCAGAGGACGGCACUCUUGAUUCAGCGAAAUCCUUAGGCAUGGAAGCUGUUUUUAUCAAUCAUACAUUUUCCCAACAAGUUCUUCGAACGGGCGAAGAACGAUAUAAAUUUCCAAAUCCAAAUCCGUUCAUUCAACCGGAUGAAGAAAAUGAAGCCGCUUCCGUUGCUUAUCGUUAUCGUCUAUGGGAUUUAGGUAAUAACCUAUCGAUCGUCAUUCGUUGUGAACAGGAUUGCGUGCAAAUUGGUCCGAAUGGUGAGGAACAAUUUGUUAACAUCAAAGCAUUGAACGAAUGGAAUCCUAAAGCCGGUAGCAAUCUGGACUGGCGAACAAAAUUAGACAUGCAACGAGGUGCAGUUUUAGCUGCCGAAUUACGUAACAAUGGGUUCAAACUAGCUAAAUGGGCAACCUGUGCGAUCCUAGCUGGAUCAGAUCAGAUCAAAUUCGGAUACGUUUCACGACAGAAUUUCAAAGAUGCAUCGCGUCAUACUAUACUUGGCACACAAAACUUCAAACCACAAGAAUUUGCGACCCAAAUGGCUUUGAAUAUUGAUAAUGGUUGGGGUAUCAUACGAGCAUUGGUGGAUUUAUUGAUGAGUAAGCCCGAUGGAAAGUAUCUGAUUAUGAAAGAUCCAAUGAAGCCAAUGCUUCGAAUCUACAGUGUUCCAGAAAAUUCGUUCGACAGUGAAGAUGAAACCAGUGAUGACGAAGGUGAAGAACAAAAUUAG